AUGGAUCGACCCUGUCUCGGAAUGGGAUGCUGUGGGAGCAAAAUGGGGAAGAGAACGUUUUCGGACCGCAUCGUUUCUUCUCACAACUUGGUUUCUAUACCGAAUCGGAUCACCAGCAACGGGAAGAGCAGGAACUCUUGCAUUUUCACUCAACAGGGACGCAAGGGUAUUAACCAGGACGCCAUGAUCGUCUGGGAAGAUUUUAUGUCGAAAGAUGUGACAUUUUGCGGUGUUUUUGAUGGACACGGUCCUCAUGGCCAUCUUGUUUCUCGUAAAGUGAGAGAGUCAUUGCCCGUUAAGCUACUCUCUUUCCUGAAUUCAAUUAAGUCGAAGCAAAACGGAUCAACUGGAACUCGUUCAAGCAAAUCCGAUGGCCAAGAAGCUGAUAAGGAAGAAUCUGCUGGGGAGGAUAAAAAGAAUUACUUAUGGGAAGAAGCUUUCUUGAAAUCAUUCAAUGCUAUGGAUAAGGAACUUCGAUCCCAUCCUAAUCUGGAAUGCUUCUGCAGUGGCAGCACUGCUGUUACAAUCAUAAAACAGGGGUCAAAUCUAUUCACAGGAAACAUUGGAGAUUCUCGGGCGAUACUUGGAUCCAAAGACAGCAACGAUUCCAUGGUUGCAAUUCAGCUAACAGUUGACCUGAAGCCUGACUUACCAAGGGAAGCAGAGAGGAUCAAACAGUGUAAAGGUCGGGUCUUUGCGCUGGAAGACGAGCCAGAGGUGUCACGAGUCUGGCUACCUUAUGAUAACGCUCCUGGACUAGCCAUGGCUAGGGCGUUUGGUGAUUUCUGUCUGAAAGACUACGGUGUGAUUUCGAUACCCGAGUUUUCCCACCGUGUUCUUACAGACAGAGAUCAGUUCAUUGUCUUGGCCUCUGAUGGAGUGUGGGAUGUGCUAAGCAACGAAGAAGUGGUUGAGGUUGUUGCAUCAACUUCAAACCGGGCAUCAGCGGCUAGGCUCAUUGUGGAUUCAGCUGCACGCGAAUGGAAACUCAAGUAUCCGACUUCCAAGAUGGAUGAUUGUGCAGUUGUGUGUUUGUUUCUAGACGGGAAGAUGGACUCAGAUUCAGCAGAUUACGAAGAACAAGGUAUCUCUUCAGCAACAAACGCAGCAGAGUCAGACGAGAGCCAGGGAACAGAACCGUGUCUUCAGAGGAACGUCACUGUCAGAGCAUCAUCAACGGAUCAAGGACGCAACAGUUACGGUAAUCUGAAUGCAGAGACUGCUGGUGAUGCAGAGAAGGAGAAAACGAAGGAAGGAGAGCAGAACUGGUCGGGACUAGAUGGUGUUACUCGAGUGAACUCACUUGUUCAGCUUCCGAGAUUCUCUGGAGCAAAACCAAAGAGUUUUUGA